AUGGACUCUUGGCUGCAGGACUGCGGGGACCGCGACCCGUCCCUCGUCGCGACGCUCCUGUCCGGCGCCGUAUCGCUGUUGCCGCCGCCGCUCGCGCGCCUGCCGCGGCGGCGGUGCGCGUUCCUCUCAGAGUGCCUCGCCCCAGCCUCGGCGGCGGCGCGGGCGGUCGAGGAGCUGCUGCCGCCCGCGCCGCGGCCAAGCGGGGCGUCGGCAGGCGCGGGUGGAGGCAGCGGCGACGAGGACAUAGAGCUGCGGGAGCUGCUGGGGAAGCAGUGGGGCGUUUUCUUUGGGUUUGCCUCCGCCGCCGAGGACGAGGUGGUCUCAAAGGAAGCAGAGGAGGCCGAGCAGCAGCGCGCGCGGGAGCGGCUCGCCGCAUUCUGCCUGGGGCUCCUCGACCGCCUGACCCUCGGCUGGCUGCCUGCCCAGCCCGGCGCCGCCGCCGGCUGUGACGGGAGCGCGGGUGCGCCAGAUGCUGCAGAGGUCGCGCGGCUACUUCGGCUGCUGCGAAGGCUGGGCGUGCGGAGCUGGCGGGAUUUGGAGGAGAGGGCGGCAGCUGCCACGCAGGAUGAGGACGGGGCGAGCGCCGGUGCGGCUCCUGGCGCGGCGCUGGCGGCGCUGUACUCGCUGCUGCUGCGCUGCGGCCCAGAGGCUCCGGAAGACGGUACUCCGCUCGUGGCGGCGUCCUGCCGCCUCGCGCUCGCUCUCGCGAGGGAGGCGCAGGAGCGCGGCUCGCAGGGCGGCGUCGAGCAGGCGCUGCACCUGCUGCAGCUCGCCGCGCGCCUCGCGGCGGACGGCGAGGCGCCCGGUGCUGCGAUGCGUGCCGGGAAGACGGACGCCGAGCAGGGCGAGCGGGGCGCGGGAGCGUCGGUGCCAGCUGGCGUCGCUGCAGCAUGCGGCGAGCCGGCGCGGAAAGCCGCAGCGGAGGCGGGAGUAGUUAGUGCGGCGGAAUCUGAGGAGUCACAUGCCGAGACGGUUGCGUCGGAUCUAGGGCCUGCUGUGUCUCUCCUUGCAGUGACGAUGCUGCAAGCGGCGCCGGGCAUGGCGGCCGGCCGCCUGUCGCGGCAGGCGUGGCACGCGCUUUUCGACGCGCUGCGGCCAGCGCGGCUGCGGCUCGGCUGCCUGCGGGCGCUGCUGGGCCGGGAGCAUCCCGAGGUUUGCGCCCUGCUGCUGCAGCGCGCCCGGCAGGACGCGGCGGCAGGGGCGAUCUCUGAGGGCGAGGCCUGGUCUCUGUGCGAGCCGUGGCUGCGGCCGGGUGGCCAGAGGGGGUGGCGUGCUCCCGACAGUGCAGCAGAGGGGCAGCUAGGCGGCAGCGGCGGCGGCAGCUACGACUGGGAGCUGGCCGACAGGGCGAACGCUCUCGACGCGGUCAAGGCAGAGCUCGCGCGGUUGAAGGAAGAGGCGGAGCGUGAGGGCGAGCGCGGCGGGCCGGGGGCUGGGGCUGCUGCUGCGGGAGAAGCGGCUGCGGGCAAGGGCGGGGGCGACGGGGCGGGUGCUCUGGGCGAGGGCCAGGGAACGGGGUCUGCCGUGGACGCGUGGCUGGCCCUCAGCCGCGUAGAAGACGCUGCUGCGCGGCUGCUGGAGCUCUGCGGCUGA